GUAAUCAUCUUCGCUGUUUGCUUAGCGUUCUAAGCAGCUCUCAGGUCAGCGCGAUUAGUGUGCUGUUGCUGUUAGUAUCCACUGGCGCAUCACUUGAUCUAGUCGCAAACUCAAGGCGUUCCUCCCUGCCGCCGCCAAUUUCCCAGUACAAGUCGAUCUCUAGUCUUUUCCAUCGCCCGUGCGUCAUGUUACCAUCCACAGCUCUGGUGCUCUUUGCCAUUUACUUUCACUCCCCGGUGGAGCCAGCGACGAAAUGUUCCCACAGUGUUGUAUUCCAAAAGAUCCUUGGGUUACGCCCAACCCUGGAACGCAGAGUCAGCGAUGAGAAAUCCGUACUUCCGUUGUACGUUGCCAGCAAGUCUAGUGAAGAAGCCGUCAGUGUGAAGUGUGCGCGACUUUGCCGUGAAGAUCCAAUCUGCAAUGGGUACCUGCUGGUAUUUAGUCAGAAUGUCUGCUACGGGUACACAACCAACCGGACCGCCCUCGGUGGUGGCUUGAUUCGGACCCAUUAUGACUACAUUGACGAUUGCAACCACCAAUUAGUGCCCGAUGCUAAUGUUGCCUAUUUCGUGAAAAGCUGCUUGGACGUUUCAUUAAAAUGCGCCAGCAAUAAGCUUUUCCCGAUCGUGACGAUCACCGGUGCCAGUCUGGUCGGGCAGAACUUCAUCCAGCUUCCGAAGCUGAUAUCGCGGGAAGAAUGCAUCAACGGGUGCCUUCGGGAGCAGCGUUUCGCAUGUCGAUCGGCACGAUUUGUACACUCCACCCGGAACAAUCGACAACGGCUGUCGAAGAAAUCCAACCGAAUACAGUUGGGGCAGUGUUUCCUCAGCAAGGCCGAUAAAUUCACCAAUCCUGAAUCGUUUGGCUACGGUUGGGAAGGUGAAGAGUACCUGGAAAAUCAAUGCCACGAAAUGCGACGGCACGAGGCACGGUGCUCGUUCGAGCAGAAUCGUGACAGUGCGUUUGUGUACGCUGAUGAUUCGAUGAUCGUUUCGGACGAACGAAGCUGCAGUGAACGAUGCUUGCAUGAGGAUCGUUUCGCUUGCUUAGGCUAUACGUAUCACAACUCUACGAGAGGAUCGCCAAUCUGUUCCCUGCACUCGGAUGAUUUGACAUCGCUGGGUCCAAGAGCAGUUAAAGUGAUAAACGGCUCCGUCUACGCUAGGAGAGUUCAGUGUUUAUCGAUCGAUGCUCAGUGUCAGAGUGUUUUGAUAAAGGUGAACUUCGAUCCUCCUCGGGGAUUUUACGGAAAGAUGUAUCUCAAUACGCCGCAAGUGGAUUGCAGUCAGGACACCAGUAAUAGGACAGCGAGAGUUUUGGAAAUUGUUACCGGAAAUGAAAUCGCAGAAUCGCGCUGCGGUAUUCGAAGGGCAUUCAUCAAGGAAAACAUGUUUAGUUUCCUGAUAUUCGCUUACGUCUACAUCCAACAAGAUACAGCAGUUCGCACACAGUCGGAUCGAAUUCUCAAAAUCGGUUGCAUCCAUCAUUCCGGUUCGCAAAACACCACGACGCUGAUGGCCAACAUGCCGAUGCAGCCGACGGUAGAUUUUAUCCCGCACAGGCAGUCUUUUAGCUUCGGUUCAACAGAGCUGAACAAUGGUACGGCGAAAAUCACGAAACACGUCACCGUCAAACUGAUCGACGUCGCAACGCAAACCGAAGUGCUCGAGGCAACCGUCGGUCAGCUGAUCGAAAUGCAAAUCAUUUCCGUGAACCGCGAUUAUGAUCUGAUGCCGUACGAUCUGAUGGCUCACUCGGGUAGCGAAACCAUUCGAUUGUUGGAUGAAAAGGGUUGCCCCCUGAAUAGGCGAAUUUUCAGCGGCUUUCGGAGGCAAAAAUCGUCCACAGCAGCGGUCACGCUGCGGGCGCGGUUCCACGCGUUCCUGCUUCCCACCUCAACGACGGUAAACUUUCGACUUACGCUGAAAUUUUGUUACGAAGCAUGUCCCAAAGUGGUGUGUUUUUAUCAAUAAACAUUUAUUUAUAAAGCUAUUUUUGGUGAUGAAAGCUUGCUACUGUUUGGUACUGCUUAGUUUGGUAUUCUGUCCCUCAGAUAGGCCAUAAUCGAUUCGGUUCCUUUCUCCAGUAUUUGAUGACGCGGCUGUCGGAAACCGUUCCCUAUUAUAUCCAAUGUACUAAAAAGAAAACCAGAGACAUUACAGCCAUAGUC